CAAAGUCAAAAAAUUGUUGCAGUUGUUGGAAUACUUCUGUCAAAAAAUAGUUAAAUUGUAUUUUUUAUAAAUUUCUACGUUUUUCAAUGGGUUCUUCCCAUAGUACUGAAGUGCCGGGAGGCGGUUCCGAAGGAUAUCAUGUUUUGCGGGUCCAGGAUGGGUCUCCAGGACAGAAAGCCAAUUUGGAAGCAUUUUUUGACUUCAUAGUGGCUAUAGAAAACAUUAGAUUGGACCAAGACAAUGACACGUUGAAGGAACUUCUUAAGAAAAAUGUUGAUAAAACAAUCAAAAUGUUAGUUUACAGUAGUAAAACACAGUCGGUGAGAGAAGUUUUGAUCACGCCCAGCGCUAACUGGGGCGGGCAGGGUCUCCUGGGCGUCAGUAUUAGGUUUUGCUCCUUUGAAGGUGCUAAUGAGAAUGUUUGGCAUGUAUUGGAAGUGCACCCAACUUCCCCAGCUGAAAUUGCAGGACUGAGACCAUUCUCUGAUUAUAUUAUUGGAGCGGAUUCUAUCAUGCAUGAAAGUGAAGACUUGUUCACUCUCAUUGAAGCUCACGAGGGUAGAGCUUUGAAGCUGUAUGUCUAUAAUAUCAAUGACGACACAUGUCGUGAGGUGCAUAUUACUCCUAAUCAUGGUUGGGGAGGAGAAGGCAGCUUGGGAUGUGGAAUUGGUUAUGGAUAUUUACACAGGAUUCCAAUAAGAAGUGUCAUUGCUCCUAACCAACCAUAUACUGCACCUACUUCUAUGGCACCAUCACAGGUACCAAGCAGUCAACAGAAUAUUGUACAAGGGAUGCAGAACAUGAAUUUGACUGAUGACAAGACUCCUUUGAUUGCUGCAUCCCAGGCCACAAUUCCACAGCAACAGCAAAAUGCUCCUCCACCAUUUUUAUCCGGGGUACCGAUGGUGAACCCUGGAGGAUAUUCUGCUCCUCAGAGUAAUGUGCAACCGCCGUCUGCUCCACUGGGAAACAUACCACAAAUGGUUGCUCCUCCAGGUGUGGUUCAGCAACCACCUCAGCCAAAUGCCAUGCAGCAGCCUCAGCAAGUGGCUCCUCAAAUUAAUCAACAACCAACAUCGCAUGCACAGUCUGUCAUGUCUAAUAUGGCUGCUUAUUCAACCAAUUUAGCAGACGCAACAUUGACCAACUUAGGUAGUAUACCAUCAGUAUCAAAGGUGCAGCCGCCGGCGCCGCUGCCGAACUUGCCUAUUGGCAUACCUAUGAACCAGCCUCAGCCGUAUAUACCGAUGAUGGCUAAUUACACUCAGUCACAAGCUUUACCUCCGGUGUCGGCCGCCUACCCACCAAGUACGACUAACUUAGUGCCAACGUUUGACAUGAGUAGUUUCGCGACGUCGCCGCUGCCGCCGCCGCCGGUGCCGGGGCCGGGCGCCGGGCUGCCCGUGGUCACACCCGUGUCGCUCCACGGCAUGCCGCCCAUCACCGUCAGCGCCACGCUCCCCGUCUCCACUAUGCAAGAAAUACAUCACCAACAAACACACCAACAACAAGACCUAUUAUCGUGAAAUGAUAUUAAUUAAUUAUUUACAAGGGCACGCCCUUGAUAUCAUAAGCACAGAAUAAUUUGCCCAUAUUCAUGUUAUUUUGAAAUGUUAUGUUCAAAUUAUAUUAUCUAGAUAACUGCUGACGAGAGGCAGAUAAAUGUGUUUUAAUGUGCUGCGCUUUUGUUCUAUUUAUUGUGCAAUAUAAUGCAAUGCAGCGUAUUUAAUUGUUAUGAUUGUGUUAAAAUAUUUGUCUGCCUCUCCAAGUUGCUAUUUUAUUUAAGUAUACAUUUAAUGUGGUAAAUAAAUGAGAGACGCAAUUCACUA